CUGUGGGAAGGAGGGAAGCAGAGAAAGCCACAAAUGAAUACAACACCAGUGAGGACUGGGGGCUUAUCAUGGAUAUAUGUGACAAAGUCGGGAGCACUCCCAAUGGAGCAAAGGAUUGCCUUAAAGCCAUCAUGAAGAGGGUAAACCAUAAAGUUCCCCACGUGGCUUUGCAAGCACUGACACUUUUAGGAGCCUGUGUCUCAAACUGUGGGAAGAUAUUUCACCUGGAAGUGUGUUCUCGGGAUUUUGCCACCGAAGCUCGAGGGAUAAUAAAUAAGGCUCAUCCCAAAGUGUGUGAGAAGCUCAAAACCCUCAUGGUGGAGUGGGCAGAGGAAUUCCAGAAAGACCCCCAGUGCAGCUUAAUAUCUGCAACUAUCAAAUCUUUAAAAGAAGAGGGGGUCACUUUUCCUGCAGCUGGAUCACAGGCUUCCACCAAUGCUGCUAAGAAUGGUUCAUCAGCCAGCAAAACCAAAGAAGAUGAAGAUAUAGCUAAAGCCAUCGAAUUGUCUCUGCAAGAGCAGAAGCAGCAGCAAACAGAGACCAAAUCCUUGUACCCAAGUGCAGAAAUGCCCCAGAACACCCAGAGCCUGAGGAAGGUGCGAGCCCUGUAUGACUUUGAAGCUGUGGAGGACAAUGAGCUCACCUUUAAAAGUGGAGAGAUUAUUUUUGUUUUGGAUGACAGUGAUGCCAACUGGUGGAAAGGUGAAAACCACAGAGGAGUGGGGCUCUUCCCAUCCAAUUUUGUGACCUCUGACCUGACUGUGGAACCCGAGGCAGCAGCUGUGGAUAAAAUCUCUGUUCCUGAGGAUACUGCAGAAGAAAUUAAGAAAGCAGAGCCUGAGCCAGUUUAUAUAGAUGAGGAUAAGAUGGAUAAAACCCUGCAGGUGCUCCAGAGCAUAGAUCCUACAGAUUUAAAGCUUGAUUCUCCAGAUCUUCUCGACUCAGAAGAUAUCUGCCAGCAGAUGGGUCCAAUGAUAGAUGAAAAACUAGAAGAGAUAGACAGGAAACAUUCCGAGUUGUCGGAGCUGAACGUGAAGGUUCUGGAAGCUCUGGAGCUCUACAACAAGCUGAUGAAUGAGAGCCCCAUGUACUCAGCCUACUCCAAACUCCACCACCCUGCACAGUUCCCACCCACGUCCUCGGGGGUCUCUGUGCAGUCGUAUCCCGUGCAGCCUCCCAGUGGGAAUUACAUGCUCCAGGGGGUCCAGCAGGUCUCCAUGUCCCCAGGGUACAGCCUGGCACCUCAAAGCCUCAAUUCCUCGGGAGCCACUCAGCCCCCUCAAGCUGCUUAUUUAAGCCCCUGA